AUGCAUAAAUGUGAAAAUCAACUGCCUAUUGACACAGAUGAAGGAGAUGAAAAAAAAGAGCUUCAACUUGUUAUACAUCGUUUAAUUGACACUGGGGCUAUUUGGGAUUUGAUAACAUCUGUUAAAUGUUAUUUAUUUUGUUCAUUAAGGAAAGUAUGUUCUGAUGAACGAAUAUUGGGUGUAUUGUCAACGUGCUAUAUCAAACAAGAAAAUGCUAAUAAUUAUCAACGUUGUGUCAAGAAAGUAUGUUCUGAUGAACGAAUAUUGGGUGUAUUGUCAACGUGCUAUAUCAAACAAGAAAAUGCUAAUAAUUAUCAACGUUGUGUCAAUAGCAAAAGAAUGGACAAUAAGAAAAGAAAAUUAGAUGAUAUGGAAGCUGAAUCAAACAAAUCAAACACCUAUCCAUCUAAUAAAUUAUCUAUUUCCUUCGAUCCAUCUUCAAUUCCUUCAAUUUGUUAUCAAUUCAUCUUUGAAUUUUUACCCAUAGAAUCUUUAAUUUCAGUUUCACUUACAUGUAAAACUUGGUAUAAUAUAUUGAGUGUAAAUAAAUUAUGCUAUAAUAAAAAUACAAAAUUAAUGUUAUUAAAUCAAAAUCAACUUAUUACUAUUUCAAAUUCUAAAAUAUUACGUCAUAUUAAUAAAAUUGAAAUUGGUAAAUAUGAAAGUGGUCUAUCAAUUAAUACAUCAAUAAAUUUUCAAUUUAAUUUUACAUCAUUACAUUUUCUUAAAUUAUGUUUCAUCUCAUUAACUCCAAUAUUUAUAAUGAAUCUGUUUUAUUGUAUUUCCCAAACAUUACAGACAUUAAUUUUAGCUAUACAGCAUUAUUCAGCAUCAAAUUUAAAUAUAGAACUUUCAAAUCCAAUUACAUCCUGUCUGUUCAUUCUAUCUUCAUUACAUCUUCUUCCUAAUUUAACACAUUUUUUUAUUCUUGUUAAAUCAAGUGCAAAAAUUGAAUUUGAUAUUGAAAAAUAUUUUCAACAUUUAACAAAAUUAAAAAAAUUAAUUAUUCGUCAAGAUAAUUAUACAUGCAAAAUAAGUAGAAUAAAACAAUUAAAUUCAAUUAAAUUACUUUCUAAUUUAGAACAUUUAGAAUGGUUUGAAAUAUUACCCAAUGAUCUCAAAAUUUUAUCAACUGUUCCACUUCCAUCUCGAUUAGAAUAUAUCAAUCUUGAACAAACAUUGAUUACAAAUGAAAUAUUAUAUUAUUUAUCUAAAAUACCAACUAUUAAUUCAUUAAAAUCACAUCGAUUUUCACCUAUACAUAGUAAAUUAAAUAUUAAUGGUUUCAAUUAUUUACUUUCAUUAAAAGACACGUUGAAAGAAUUAGAAAUAAGCGCUAAAAAUAUCCAGUAUAAUGGAUUAAUGAUGAUACAAUAUCCGGGAGAAGCAGAUUGUACCGAAGAUGAAUAUGAAGUUCAUUUAACUCAAGAACAUAUAAAUAUUUUAAAACAAUUUGUGAAUCUAAAAAAUCUAUCAUUUAAUCAAAUAAAUAUAAAUAGAGAAGAUUUGGAUAAUUUAUUAAUUAGUUUAGCUGAAUAUAAUAAUUUAACUAUAUUAAGCUUAGAAUAUGUUCGUUUUCCAUCAUUUACAAGUAUAUCGAUAAUUAACAGUCUGGAAGAAUUAUCAUUAUCCCAUCCAUACAACAACAAUAGAGAAGAAUAUACAGAUAAAGAUUUAUUUAUAUUAUAUCCAUUAAAAAAAUUGAAAGUACUAUUAUUGUAUUAUAGUAUGAAUUUAUCAAAAAUGAUAAGAAAACAAUUAAAAGAAAAAACAUUAAAAAUACCACAAGACAGUCUAUUUUGUAAUUUAGCAUUUCAACAAUUAGAAGAAUUUAUUUAUAAUGAUAACAAUGAUGACGACGAUAAUGGUGAUGAUGAAAACGAUUGUGAAGAAGAGAAAGUGACGAUCAACGACGAAUGA